UUCUUAUCGUUAUCAUACGUCAGUCGGAUGUCGAUGACGUCAGUUGUGUAUGUGAACAAUAGUUGCAAUUGCAUGUGAGUGACUAGUGUGUUUUGAUACUUGGUUUCGUUUUGGUUGUGCUGCCGAAAAUGGUAAACUUCAAUUUCUUCUGCACAAGUUUCCUCGUCUCGAUUUUAGUAUACAAAGCUGUUGUAGUGGCCAAAGACUGCAUCCCUCGCCAUUAUGGGAAGAGUAGCUUUGUAUGUGUCUGCAAUGCCACAUACUGUGACGACUCACCGACUGUUGGCGAUCUAGCGGCAGGCCAAGCUACUUUGAUCUCGUCCACUAGAGCAGACGCACGUUUCCGAAUAACCAACCUGACUUUCGUGGGCUUUUCAAAUUCACUUCUUGCAAACCAAAUAUUUAUAGAUCCUUCUGUUCAAUACCAAAAAAUUAUUGGAUUUGGUGGCGCAUUUACCGACGCAGCUGGAAUCAACAUUGCGAAGCUGUCGAUUUUGGCCCAGCAAAAUUUACUUAAGUCAUAUUUUGGAAGCGAGGGAAUAGAAUAUGGGCUGGGUAGAGUUCCUAUUGGUGGAAGUGAUUUUUCUACCUGGGCUUACACCUAUGACGAUUUUGCUGGAGAUAAUAAUCUUGAAAAUUUUUCCCUAACUAAAGAAGAUUUUUUCUUCAAGAUUCCGUAUAUCUCCUGGGCACAGAGUUUCAGUGCCAAACCUAUUAAGCUUCUUGCCAGCCCAUGGAGUGCCCCUGCAUGGAUGAAAAGUAAUGGCAAGCUUAAUGGCAAAGGGUAUCUUCUUCAAGAGUAUUACCAAGUAUGGGCAGAAUAUAUCGCGAGAUUUUUUGAAGAGUACAAGAAGCACGACUUGCAUUUUUUCGCCGUUACGCCUCAAAAUGAACCAGCCGAUGGAAAUAUCCCAGAUUUUCCAUUCAACUGUAUGGGUUGGACUCCAGAACAGCAGGCAAUGUUCGUCGGCCUUAAUUUAGGACCUACGUUGGAGGCCAGUGGAUUUGGAUCCAUUAAAAUCAUAAUUAUGGAUGAUCAACGCCUUUUGCUUCCGAAAUGGGCUGAUUCUGUUUUAAGUCAUCCUGUGGCGAAGAAGUACGUUGCAGGCGUGGCAGUUCACUGGUACUCGGAUCUGUUCACACCGGCAACAGUUCUAAGUAAUUUCCAUGAAAAAUUUCCGGAUCAUUUCAUUUUGGCAACUGAAGCAUGCGAAGGUGACAAACCGUGGCAAUCAGCGGUUAGUCUUGGAUCGUGGGAACGUCUUGAAUCUUAUGCCCACAACAUCAUAGAGGAUCUCAAUCAUUGGGUCACUGGAUGGAUGGACUGGAAUCUUGCGUUGGACGAAAACGGGGGCCCCAACUGGGCUGAAAAUUUUGUCGAUUCCCCCAUUAUUGUUAACAAAGCUAACGACGAGUUUUACAAGCAGCCCAUGUUUUACGCCAUGGGACACUUUUCCAAAUACAUACCUGAAGACUCGGUCAGAAUUGGAAUCGAUCUGAUUGACAAUUCAAACUUUUUCGGAACCGCGUUCAAACGUCCUGAUGGAAAGCGCACAGUCGUCCUGCUAAACCGAUCUAACGAGGACAAACUAAUCAUGUUGAUUGACCGCGAACGCGGUUCCUUGGAGUUUACAUGUCCCGCCCGCUCUUUAAAUACGGUGGUUUAUGGUUAAUACUUUCUUACGCGCAUGCCAAAUAUUCUAUAAGUAACUAGAAAAUCUUGUAACCGGACACAGUAAAUAACUCAAACGUUUUGUUAUUCUCGUUA